AACAAUCUGCAUUCAUGGGAUGAUAUCUCUGGGCUCAGUAGCAGCCUGCUUGCUGAAGCUUUCCACCUAUUCCCUGGUGUUUGUGUGGGUGAGAGAGACCCACAGACUGUUGCUGGUCAGUGCUGGGGAGCAGCAGCUUUACUGGUGUUUGUGGGGGUGAGAGAGACCCACACACUGUUGCUGAUUGGUGCCGGGGGAGAGAGACCUACAGUGCUGAGCAAAACGGCAGCCACAGCUUUACUUCUUCCCCCUGAGGAAACACAAUACCUAAAGCAGAGCUUCUUGCUCCUCACUUCACUGCGGAGACUUUUACUUUCACUUUCUAUGUUUCCCUCACAGGACGACCGGGACCUGACAGGGGAGCGACCUUGUAUGCUGCAUUGUCAUGCCUAUCACUAUGUCUUAUUUUUGGGAUAUGGCUUAUAUUGCACAAAUUCAUAGAAAUCAUGCUGCAGCUUAUUUUAUCGGUAUGUCUUAUUUUUGGGGAAAGAAGGUAUUAUCUGUUAAGUGUAGUGUUGCCUACAUUGGCUUUUUUUUUUUGCUCAAUAUGUUAUUGAAACCGCAGGACCCCAAAGAAGAUUUUGAAACCCAUGACCUUAGGAAAGCCUUUAUAGCCAAGUCCAUGGUGACCUUUCACCCAGAAAGCUGAUUUGGGCUAACCUCCACAGACAUACAAGUUUUACAGGCACUCAUGCACUCACCAGAGGGAAACAUAGGAAACUCCCAUUGCUGUGUCAGGUGAUAGGCAUAAUCCCCUAACAAUGGCUUCACAGUCCACACACACAAGAAUGGAACCAAACAAAUGGUCAUGGAAAUUACCCAUCACCUUGUCUUUAUCCUUCCUCAGGAACCCAUUCAGGCUGGCUAACACAUAUUGCAACCCAUUGUUUCACCAAUAUGGAUCAUUGUCCACACCCAGGCUGUGGAAACUAACAUCAUUAGAACUCAUUAGCUCAAACUCUACCACAUUCUUUCUAUUCCCAUACACAUGAGAGGCAGAACAAGCUACAGCCACAACACUUUGAACUGAACAAUGAUAAUUUAUUAAAGUUCCCGCCAAACCUGGAGACCAAUCAGAAACAUUGGCAGACAUUGCAUCCCAGCGAAGUGGCUUGCAGAUCUUAGCUGGCCCCAGAGUGAGCCAAUCAACUUUGAGGGAGGCAAAACCUUUUCUUUUAAACUACUGUCAAAGUGCUAUAAAUAUUUUUCUGUAUGUUUGCAUUGAGCAUCUGUUUUAGCAAAGUGAAUGAAUUCUUCUGUUCCAUUAGCCUUCAACCUGUCCAUGUUUCAUUCAAUUUUUGGAGCUAGACAUGCCGGGCCUCCAACCCACAAUUUUUGCAGAGCUGAAAUCAUUAAACAAAUAUACAUAUGACUGAAUUUGUGCUCAGGGCUGAAUCCAUUUUCAACAAAAAGAGUAUUAGUAUCUUUGUGGGACAGAAUGAUUGAGUGUAUGCAGUAUCAUAAAAUUCCCUAUCUAUUAAAAAGAACAGCAUGUCCCCUGCUGUAUAGAUUUCAAAGAACAGGAAAGAUAAAUUGCUUGCUGUACUAAUUAUGAACAAUGGGUUUCUCUCUUUUGUGUGUUAUAUCUUGCGGCUAACCAGUUGUGGUUUUUUUUUAGUGAGAGUUGUUUUAUUGGUUUUUACUGUGCAUUAAAGGCUCAAAGCACAAAGGCAAAUUAAAUUGAGAACUCCCAGCACCUGAGACUUUUAUAUACAUUUUUAACUUGUCCUAUAUAAGACAUAAUUCGGAGUUCCCCUUUCAUAGAAUCAUAGAGUUGGAAGAGACCACAAGGGGUAUCCAGUCCAAACAUGCCACGCAGGAACACACAAUCAAAGCAUUCCAGGCAGAUGACCAUUCAGCUUCUGCUUAAAACCUCUAGAGAGGAUGAUUAUACCACAUAAGACGGCAGGAUAUUCCACUGCUAAGUAGCUAUUACUUCAGAAAGUUCUUCCUCAUGUUUAGAUGGAAUCACCUUUCCUGUAGUUUGAAUCCAUUGCUCCAUGCCCUAGUCUCUAUAGAAGCAGAAAACAAGUUUGUCCACUUUUCGAUGUGAUGUCAUUUCAAAUAUUUAAACGUCAGGAGAGAAUACUUCUGGAACAUGGCCAUACAGCCCGGAAUACAUACAACAAUCCUAUUUAAACAUAGCUAUCAUUUCCCGUCUCAGCCUUUUCUCCAAGCUAAAUAUAUCCAGCUCUGUAAGGGCCCUUCUACAUAGCCAUUUAAUCCAGAAUAUCAAGGCAGAAAGUCCUAUAACAUCUGCUUUGAACUGGGUUAUCUGAGUCCAGACUGCCAUAUAUUCCAGUUCAAAGCAGAUAAUUUGGGAUUUUAUUCAGCUGUGUGGAAGGGGCCUAAGUUGUUCCUCAUAGGGCUUGGUUUCCAAACCUUUCAUUGUUUUAUUUCUGUCUGCUAGAACGUCUCUUGUUCUUCAGGAAUUUUCAGAGAUGAUAGCCUGUGUUUUUGAAAUUACUUCUGCUAGUUCUUUUAAUACCUUGGAUUGAGAUCACAUGGUCUUGGAGAUGUGAACCAGUUUACAUUAGCCAGAUAUUUCUGUGCUGCCUCUUUUCCUAUCCUGUGCUGUGUUUUCCCUAAUCCAUCCUCUGCUUCAUCAUCCCAAAAUUGAACACUGUUAAUCUUUUGGGAGAAGACUGAGAUAAAGAAGGAGUUGCGUAGUUUUGUUUUAUCUGUCCUGUUAACAUUUUGCCAUUGCCUAUAUGCAAUGGCCCUACUAUUUCUUUGUCCUUCCUUUUGCUAUUGACAAAAUAAAAAACUCUUUUAUUGUUUUUAUCAUCUUUAACAAUCCUGAGAUCGUUCUCUUCUUUUGAUUUUCUCACUUUAUCCCUACACAUGCUGGCUAUUCCAUCACAUUCCUCUUUGCUGAUCUUUCCCUUUUUCCAUUUCUUGUACAUGUCCCCUUUAAAUGUUAGCUCAAUUGAAAGUUUCUUAGUCAUCCAUUCUGGUUUCUUUAGAAAUCUAUUGGAACUGUUUAAAAUUGUGUCCCUAUAUAUUGCUUUUCAGUAACUCCCAUCCAUCAUGAACUCUUUUCUCUCUUAUUAUUCCUGACCAUGGGAUCAUGCUCAGUUUUUCCCGAAGUUUACUGAAGUCAGCUUUCUUAAAGUGUGUAUCUGACUAUGGUUGACUUCCCAUUUACAUUGUAUAACAAACUGAAGAACAUGUACCCACAACACCCAAUCCAUUUACCAGGUCCUCACUGUUGAUUUGGAUCAGAUCUAAAAUAACCAAUCCCCUCGUUUCCUCUUUUAUCUUCUAUCAUGAAAUUGUCUGCAAGACAAGUGAGGAAUUUGCUGGACCUGAUAUUCUUGACAAAGUUUGUCUUCCAAUAAAUAUCAGCAGAGUUAAAAUUCUCCAUUGCUAUUACUGUAUAUCUCUCCUAUCUGAAUAUAUAUACCGUAGUCAUCUGUUAUAGGGAAAACAUCCUUGAUAUAUAAUGCUACUUCCCCUUCUUUCCUGUUUGGUCUUGUUUUCAGAAAUAGAUUAUACCUCCCUAUCACUAUAUUGCAACCAUAAACUCAUCCAACCAAGUUUCAGUGAUUCUAUUUAUAUAUGUUCUUUGUUGUAUUAAGAGUUCAAGUUCAUCUUAUUUAUUAUUCAUUCUUUGUGCAUUAAUUGUGAGUCACUAAAGACCAUAGACCAUAGGUAUUUAUUUACAUUUCCCUUCUCUUUCUCACUGAUAUUUCCUUAACAUAAGUUUAACAACCAUGAGCCCCUUAUAUGGGUGAUUUUUUCCAUGUGUGGAAUUUUUUUAAAUUUGAUUUAUUAUCCAAUUUACUUUGUAGCCUAGCAUGAGGAUUUUUGCUCCAUUACUUGAAUAGUUGAAAGUCUCAUUGUUGCCAUUCUAAGGGAGACAGAUGGAAAUGUCUAUGUCCAAGAAAACUCUAGGAUACUAACAGGACAAAGACAAGAUUAAUGGUUGACACAUCUUUGGAUUGGUUCCAACCAAAAUUCUUAGCGACUCUUUUUUCCCACAAUGUUCUUAGAUAAUUUCCUCAAGGUACGAGUCAGCUCAAAUAUGCAGGCUAUAAAUGUUCAAGGUUGGUGCUCUUCAGUUAGGUUUCUGUACCUAGACUCAGCGUAUUUGGUACAAUGGUUUUCUCUAUCAGGAUUCUGGUCUUCCUGAUCCUUUCCUUUUGCCUCUGUAAUACAGAUGCCCGAAAAUAUAAUUCUGUCAUUUCAGUGUCAAAUGGAGGCUUUUGGGGUGAAUGGGAAAAACCUCAGUUUUGCUCCAAAGGUUAUGCCAAAGGUUUUUCAAUAAAGGUGGAAGGCAAUCAAGGUAAGGGGGAUGACACAGGCUUGAAUGGAAUUCGCCUGCAUUGUACUAAUGGAGAAGUAAUACAGUCUAAAAGUGGACUGCAAGGAAAAUGGUCAAAAAUUAAAUACUGCCCCAAAGGAAAUCUGGUCUCUUUCUCUCUGCGAGUGGAGGGAAACCAAGGGAAAGGUGAUGAUACGGCAGCCAACAAUGUCCAGUUCAUGUGCAGAGAUGGAAGUGUCAUUGCUAAACAUCAAACAAACCGGGGUCGUUUUGGUCAUUGGAGCCGUCAUUGCCACUCUGCUUCCAUCUGUGGAAUCCAGACAAGGGUGGAGGCUCCCCAAAAGCAGGUUGAUGACACAGCCCUUAAUGAUGUGAAAUUCUUCUGCUGCAGAUGAACCAGAAGUGACUUGAAGACACACAACAACAUUGGGUACUGUGAAGUGUGUAUCUGUGUUGUGUGAAUUACUUUACUCCACAUGUGUGGGGAUAAAGGAAAUAAAAAUAUUACAGAAAUAUCAAUGGGUGAAAAGUCUUGUAUGGUUGAUUAAGGAAUGUGGAGACAUUUUACUGAAUCACGUUCUAUGUUUUGAUAUCUGGCUUUACCCAUUAU